AAAUAGGGUUUUCCUAACCUUAACGGAUCGAAUAUUUCCACAUUGGAUAUUUGAUUGUUUUGAAUAAAUGCAUAAAAUACACAGUUUUUUCUAAUAUGAUAGAAAAUAUACUUUAUCAAAACGUUUUUUAAUGAAAAAUAAUGUAGAUUCUGUUUGAUUGCAUAAUGUCAAUAUUAUCUGCUAGAUUAUGGACCCGAGAUAUUUCAACGUAUUUAAAAGUUUAUCAUAAGGCGUUAAAACACAUACAUAAUGGUUCGAUACUAUCAUCACCAAACAUAUCGAAAAAUAAGCAAAUGCAACAAGAAGCCACCAUAAAUGUUACUGACUAUUCGUUAAAAAAUGAAGUAAAAGAAGUUAUUAGAAAUCUAAAACCAAAAGAGUUAAUGACGUGGAAAGUAACACCUUCUGCUGAACUUUCAAAUUUAACAGAUUGCUACCUCAAAUUAUCUAAGUUUAGAUUAACAUCUUUGGUGGUUAUUACUAGUAUGGGUGGAUAUGCAGUUGCUCCAGCACCGUUUGAUCUAACAACAUUUUUAUUAUGUUCAGUGGGUACUGGGUUAUUAUCGGGAGCAGCAAAUUCAAUAAACCAAUUUCAUGAAGUUCCUUUUGAUGCUCAAAUGUCUCGUACAAAAAAUCGUGUUCUUGUGCUGGGUCAUUUAACACCAACUCAUGCCAUGGGCUUUGCUGUAGUUUCUGGCAUUGCCGGUGUUACCACAUUAGCACUUGGUGUUAAUGGUUUAACAGCCGCACUGGGAGCAGCAAAUUUAAUUCUAUAUACCUCAGUAUACACUCCAUUAAAACGAAUCAGUAUUUUAAAUACUUGGGUAGGAUCAAUAGUUGGAGCUAUACCACCUUUAAUGGGGUGGGCAGCGUGCGCUGGUUCUUUAGGCGCUGGUGCUUGGAUAAUGGCUGGUUUAUUAUAUGCAUGGCAAUUUCCACAUUUUAACGCACUAUCGUGGAAUUUAAGACCAGAUUAUUCUCGGGCUGGCUACAGGAUGAUGGCAGUUACAAAUCCAGGACUCUGCAGAAGGGUAGCACUCCGAUAUACAUUGGCAUUAGAAUUGUUAACAAUAGCGUCUCCAAUUUUAGAUGUUACAAAUUGGUGGUUUGUUUUAGAAGCAACACCUUUAAAUCUAUACUUCUUGUACUUAGCAUAUUUAUUUUAUAAAAAAUCUGAUAGUAAUUCAUCACGAAAACUGUUCAGAUUUUCACUAAUUCAUCUGCCGUUAAUAAUGAUUUUAUUCUUAAUAAAUAAGAAACAUUGGUUUUUAAAAGAAAAUGAUAAGAAAAUAAAAUUGGAAACAUCGUUACCAAUUAGCCCAAUUGUACCAUUAUGAUAGUACGCUUAUUUAGUUUUAAAUGUUA